AUGACAGUGGCUACCGAAAAGACUCCUCACAAGAGUUCUUCGAUGUUUAAGUUGUUCAGCAACAAGCUGAGAGGUAACAACGACUCUACACCUGCCGCUGCUCCAGCACCCGUUCCAACUAAGAAGCUUACGAAAGCGCAUACCUCGGCCCACAUUUCCAGGAGCGCCUCCACCAACACCCCGCAUCCACUUAGAAAUGGUGUCACCGGUAUCCCCUCGGCCUCGCCGGCUCCCAGACAAAUGACCAGGAGAAGCACUGGUGUAACUCCAACUAUGGUGAAGUCUUCUAAGCAAUUGAGCACGCUCACUGCACACAACUCUAACCCCUUCAGGAACAAGAACGGGACGAUAUCGUCGGCGAGUCACACUCACAACGGGCCUACGAACUCACAGCAUAUGGUGUACAACCCAUAUGGGAUAAACAACAGGCCUACGGAGACGCAGUCGUCGGUGAGAGGGUCCUCUUACAGUAGGCAUGGGUCCGGCUCACACAUCUCGAGCGGGUCCGCCUCGUCUACCAACAACAACACAGACCUGAGCUUCUAUAUGCACGACGGUGAUAACAAGAUCAGGAUGCUGCCGUUGCCCAUCGCUGACCCCAACGAGUUUUUGCCGGACGAUAUCAAGCAAGUCAGCAUACACUUGUCUGACAAUUUCAGCUUCGAUAAGGACAACAAGACCAUCGGGUCCGGUGGGUCCAGUGAAGUGAGAAUCGUCAGAUCCAACUACCGCUCGAAAGAUGUUUACGCUUUGAAGAAGCUAAACAUGAUCUAUGAUGAGACGCCAGAAAAAUUCUACAAGAGAUGCUCGAAGGAGUUCAUCAUAGCCAAACAACUCAGUAAUAACAUUCAUAUAACAUCAACCUUCUAUUUGGUCAAGGUGCCUACGACUAUUUAUACUACCAGAGGUUGGGGCUUCAUCAUGGAAUUGGGUUCCAAGGACUUGUUCCAACUCAUGGAGAAGUCAGGAUGGAAAAACGUUCCCCUUCAUGAAAAAUUCUGCUUGUUCAAGCAAGUCGCACAAGGCGUCAAGUUUUGCCACGAUAACGGGAUCGCACACAGAGACUUGAAGCCAGAGAACGUGCUUUUGUCCAAAGACGGUGUCUGUAAACUAACAGAUUUCGGUAUCUCGGAUUGGUACCAUAAAGAGAACGAAGACGGAACCAUCGAGGUGAAACAGAAUGCAGGAAUGAUCGGCUCCCCACCAUACGCACCACCGGAGGUCAUGUACUGGGAUGCCAAAAAGAAAUACCCAACAUCAAUGCAGAAACCUUACGACCCUUUGAAACUAGACUGUUACUCACUCGGAAUAAUAUUUAUUACUUUAAUCAACAAUAUCAUACCUUUCUUCGAAUCCUGCAACAUGGACCCCAAGUUCAGAGAAUAUGAGAACUCUUACAACAACUUCAUACGGUACCAGAACAAGAACUUCAGACAAAAGGGCACUUACAAGCCCGGUCCCGGAAGUGAGUACAUGCUUGCGCGCAGAUUUAAGAAUGCCGAUGCGAGCAGAGUGGCUUGGAGGCUUGCUGACCCUGACCCUGAGACUCGUUAUACUAUGGAAGACUUAUUCAACGACCCAUGGUUUCAAUCGGUUGAGACCUGUGUUGACGUCAACGAUGUCAAUUUGGUAAGACACCCACAAAUUAAGAAGACGAGCUCAGAAGGUAUCAAUUUGGUCAAUGCAGCUGACGCACACCCGAUCCCCUCCCCCAUGGUAGGUACCGAUACCAACGGUGGCUUGCACUCCGACUCCGAAAACCCAGCUGGUACACAUACCACUGAAGAGUCAGUGGAGACACCCAAGCCAGCAAGCAUCAGAGAAUUGCACAAGCCUAGAUCAAUGGUUGAUAUCGCUGAGUCACCAAUGAAGAAAGCUGCAACUACGCCGCUGUUCACAUUAGACGAGGAGGCCAAAGAAGAACGUGAUCACGAACAAGAGACGAAUACUACUGCAGAGGCUGACAAUGAAAAAGCCCAGACAGUGCCGACCAGUGCUGUCGACACCAACGAAUUCGCAUCCAAAGAGAAUGCAACAACUACUGAUAACGACAAUGUAAAUACGAAAGCCACGACGGCCGAUCCUACUACGCAACAGGGUGCAGAGAUAACGGAAACGGGGUCAAUUGCCGGAUCCAUAUCGGCGUCCAUAUCGGCGUCCAUUACGGCAUCCAUGUCGGGCUCCGUUUCAGGAGCAGCUACGGCUCCUAUACCCAGAAGAGACCCAAGCAACAGAUCAAUACACUCUAAUGCAACAAGUACAGGAACUGCAGGCAGAAAGAAAAAGGUUGUGCACCACCACAUGGAAGUACCAGGUAGUGCAUUCCAGAUAUAG